CUGGUGUAGGUUCCGACGCACCUGCCUUCAAUUUCUGCCUCUACUAUCCAUUUAGGCUGCGACCUCUGGUAGUUCUCCACUUUCUCUAAUGCUCAGUUACUUCAUCCUUAAGAAGUGGUACAUAACUCACACCUUGUUCGGAUUAUAUGAGUAUGUGUGCAUACAGCGUUUAGUGCAACGUAUGGCACAGAGUCAAGAAACGCAGGAUAUUAAGUUGAGGUCAUUUUUCUUUUGGGAGGACAAGGACAGGGCACGGGCUGGGGCUCUGAGUGGUAACUAGCGCGGGCUUUUCCUCCUGCCCUUCCUUUUGGGAAACGAAUGUGCUAAAAUAGUGCAUGCAGCCCAGGCUCUGGCCUAGGCCGUCGGUUCCCGGCCAUGUUUAGCUCCUCUGAGGUCGCCCUUAGUGAAAACACGAGGUGCCCCCACCCCGUUCACUCUAGACACCUCCAGAACACUCGCCUCCCGAGCACUGGAGCCCCGGGACACCUGCAGCGGCCAGCGGAGACCGAUCUCCCGGCCCUGCGUCCCAGGACCGCUUGGGGCAACCUGCGCAUGCGCGCCCGCGUCCCUCUGAUGUUAGCCGUUUCCAUGGCUACGAAGCCCAUCGGCCGGGGAUAGGAGAACAAGAAAAUGAAGCUGAAGAGUUUCCUGCUCCGGUAUUAUCCGCCAGGAAUUAUGUUGGAAUAUGAAAAACAUGGAGAAUUAAAGACGAAGUCGAUAGAUUUGCUUGAUCUUGGUCCCAGUACUGAUGUCAGUGCUUUAGUAGAAGAAAUCCAGAAGGCAGAACCUCUAAUCACAGCUUCACGAACAGAGCAAGUCAAACUUUUGAUACAGAGGUUACAAGAGAAACUUGGCCAGCACAGCAAUCACACAUUCUAUCUUUUUAAGGUUCUCAAAGCACAUAUAUUGCCACUGACUAAUGUUGCACUUAACAAAUCCGGCUCAUGCUUUAUCACAGGAAGCUACGAUCGGACGUGCAAGCUCUGGGACACUGCGUCUGGAGAGGAGCUGAAUACCCUGGAGGGCCACAGGAAUGUGGUUUAUGCCAUAGCAUUCAACAAUCCUUACGGUGACAAAAUUGCCACUGGGUCCUUUGAUAAAACUUGCAAACUCUGGAGUGUAGAAACAGGAAAAUGUUACCAUACCUUCAGGGGUCAUACAGCAGAAAUAGUGUGUUUAUCAUUUAACCCUCAAAGCACAUUGGUGGCGACUGGAAGUAUGGACACAACAGCCAAAUUGUGGAACAUUCAGAAUGGCGAGGAAGUUUGCACCUUAAGAGGACAUUCCGCCGAAAUCAUCUCGUUGUCAUUUAACACCUCAGGAGACAGAAUCAUCACGGGGUCUUUUGAUCAUACAGUUGUAGUGUGGGACGCUGAUACUGGAAGGAAGGUAAAUAUCUUAAUUGGUCAUUGUGCUGAGAUUAGCAGUGCCUUAUUCAACUGGGAUUGCUCUCUAAUAUUAACUGGCUCUAUGGACAAAACCUGCAUGCUGUGGGAUGCUACAAAUGGCAAAUGUGUGGCAACCUUAACAGGCCAUGACGAUGAAAUACUAGACGGCUGCUUUGAUUACACUGGAAAGCUUAUUGCAACUGCUUCAGCCGAUGGAACAGCAAGAAUUUUCAGUGCUGCCACAAGAAAAUGCAUUGCCAAACUGGAAGGCCAUGAAGGUGAAAUUUCAAAGAUUUCUUUCAACCCUCAAGGGAACCGUCUUCUAACUGGCAGCUCUGACAAAACGGCUAGAAUCUGGGAUGCUCAGACUGGCCAGUGCCUCCAGGUUCUUGAGGGGCACACUGAUGAAAUCUUUUCAUGUACUUUCAACUAUAAAGGCAACAUAGUCAUUACAGGCAGCAAGGAUAAUACCUGUAGGAUAUGGCGUUGACUGAAGGAAGCUGGUCAGUGAGCAACCUUGCUAGCAAUGGUAAUCCAGAGCUGGAACUUCACAGACAGCAGCUCUUUUAAUGUUUCUUACACUUUCUCUUUUUCUACAAGUCAACUAUUUAUACAACUGUCCUUUAUUUCACGGAUAUGACCAUUAAACAUGACAAAGUUGUGCCACUCCAAUAUUAUUAUUUGAUGGAGAUGGCAGGACACAGCGUAAUGUUUGGCUAAUGCCACCAGUUAUUUCCGUUGUGUUUGUUUUUUAAAAGCAUUAUGAUACUGAAAAAGGAAACCGGAGUAACUUAACAACGUGUCUCCUGGAUUUUACUUUGAAGCCGAUUGUUAUAGUUUCUGUUGAAUAAAGUAUUUGGAGGAAA